AUGGGCUUGUACUCGUCCUACUUUUCCUAUGGCUUCCCCUCCUUCCUUGUCCUAGUCAUUGCCCUCUACUUGCUUUUUACCGGAUCCGGAGAGGCCUUCAAUGUCGGUCAGUUCCUCGAAGAGACAAGUCCCUACGCGUGGGCAUCGACUGGCAUUGGGUUGUGUAUUGGGUUGAGCGUUCUGGGCGCCGGAUGGGGUAUCUUUAUCACAGGUGCCUCUAUCCUGGGUGGAGGCGUGAGGGCACCCCGCAUCAGGACUAAAAACCUCAUCAGCAUCAUCUUCUGCGAGGUUGUUGCCAUUUACGGUGUCAUCAUUGGCAUCGUUUACUCGGCACGCAUCACUCCCGUUGCAGACGCUCUUUUGUACACACGUGAGAACUACUUCACUGGGUAUGCGCUCUUCUGGGGAGGGCUUACAGUCGGCGUUUGCAACUUGCUUUGCGGCAUCUCUGUCGGCAUCGCCGGUUCGACCGCCGCUUUGGCAGACGCUGCCGACCCCGACCUGUUCGUCAAGAUUCUCAUCGUUGAAGUCUUCGGCAGUAUCAUGGGUCUCUUCGGUCUCAUCGUUGGUCUUCUAAUGAUUGGCCAAGCAAACGAGUUCACGGCGGCGGCUGCGGUAGUCUCGCCCUACGUACACUGA